AUGUUCUCACGUGGCUCAGAUGCUACUAUUCGAGAGGAUGAGUUGCUGCACUCUCAUAAGCCAGGAGAUUAUGUGGCCCAGACUCAGCUGUUUGGAAGAGCAGCACAGGGCCCUCUUAAGAAGAAGGAACUUGACGCUCUUCUGCUAAUGGCGAAACAAAAUGUCAGCAUACUUAUCGAGGAUUUGGGGGAAGCAAAGGGGUUGGUGGAGGCGUUUGAAGAGAGAAACGAAGUAAACGAAGAGAACGACCACGAGAGCAUUGUUGAUAUCCUUAUCGAUUGGGAUGCCGAUGUAUCUACCCUCACAGAAGAUGGCAGGACAGCGCUUUCGAUUGCUGAAGCUCUCGGUCAACUGACAAUCGUAGGAAAGUUCAAGUGUGCUAUCAGUGGACUACAAGAGACUAUGCCUAACGCCUUAGUUGAGAACUGUAGAGAAUAG